AAAAAAAAAAAAAACUACAUUUACUACUAAGGUUAUAGCCAAAAAAGACAAAAGUCUGCCACUUUUUGUUGUUUCCAAAAAGUUAAAUCACUUUUUCCAUCAGAGAUAAAAUGUAAUGGCAGAAUGACAUUCUAUUGAAGGUAGAAUUACAUUUUGUUUUACUUGCCCUUUGCUUGUGUAUAAUAUGAAGGCUGUAGUGCUUUAAUCUAAUGCAAUAAAUAUUUGAAAGUCUUCCUGUAAGGUCACACAUGUUCUAUUAUUUUUCUAUUAAUAAGAAUGACAUGCACUUGUACUCUACCAGAAAGUCAAUGGUGUUCUUGAAAGUCCCACUGGCACUGGUAAAACGCUCUGUCUGCUGUGUUCAGCGCUGGGCUGGAGAGAGAACUUAAAAGACAAAAUCUCUGACCGCAAGAUAGCCGAGAGAAUGGACGGUGUGGAGCUGUUCCCUGACAAACCAAUGUCAUCGAGGGGAACAGCAGUCACCAACAAAGACACUCCAACUUAUGACACGGACAUCCCUAAGAUCAUAUAUGCUUCCAGGACCCAUUCCCAGCUAGCACAGGUCAUAAAUGAGCUCAAGAACACAUCCUACAGGCCAAAUAUUUGUGUUUUGGGAUCUAGAGAACAGCUGUGCAUAGACCAGGAAGUGAUGCGUCAAGAGAGUAACCACUUUAAGGAGAAGAUGUGUGAAGAGUCCACCUCUUUUGACCUCUCCCCUCACGACCUGAUUUCUGCCAUUGAAGCCGUGGAUCGACUGCUCUGGGAACAUGCCUCAGACAUUAGCAAAACUAAGUCUGGUUAG